AUGCUGAAUUGUUGCCCGUCGCCUACAAUGGAAAAACUGCUUUUGUUUCUGCUGUUCAUUGGCAUAGCGGUGAGAGCUCAGAUCUGCCCAAAGCGCUGUGUCUGUCAGAUUUUGUCUCCGAACCUUGCCACCCUUUGUGCCAAGAAAGGGCUCUUAUUUGUUCCUCCCAACAUUGACAGGAGGACCGUGGAGUUACGGCUGGCAGACAACUUUGUUACAAACAUUAAAAGGAAAGACUUUGCCAAUAUGACCAGCCUGGUGGACUUGACGCUGUCCAGGAAUACAAUCAGUUUUAUUACACCUCACGCAUUUGCUGACUUGCGCAAUUUGCGGGCUUUGCAUUUGAACAGCAACCGAUUGACUAAGAUCACCAAUGACAUGUUCAGUGGACUCUCCAAUCUCCACCACUUGAUACUUAACAACAACCAGCUGACUUUAAUUUCUUCCACAGCUUUCGAUGAUGUUUUAGCUCUUGAGGAAUUGGAUUUGUCUUACAACAAUCUGGAAACCAUCCCCUGGGAUGCAGUGGAGAAGAUGGUUAGUUUGCACACUCUCAGUCUAGACCACAACAUGAUUGACCAUAUUCCUAAGGGGACCUUCUCCCACCUCCACAAGAUGACCAGGUUGGACGUCACGUCUAACAAACUGCAGAAGCUACCGCCUGAUCCUCUCUUCCAGCGAGCUCAGGUACUAGCAACCUCAGGAAUUAUCAGCCCCUCGACUUUUGCGUUGAGCUUUGGUGGGAACCCUUUGCAUUGCAACUGUGAGCUUUUGUGGCUGAGGCGUCUUUCGAGGGAAGAUGACCUGGAGACCUGUGCUUCUCCCACGCUCUUGUCCGGCCGGUACUUCUGGUCGAUCCCCGAGGAGGAGUUCCUGUGCGAGCCUCCUCUCAUCACCCGGCACACCCACGAGCUGCGGGUGCUGGAGGGCCAGCGGGCAGCGCUGCGGUGUAAGGCCCGGGGGGACCCCGAACCAGCAAUUCAUUGGAUUUCACCUGAGGGCAAACUGAUUUCAAACGCAACGAGGUCCGUGGUGUACGACAACGGGACGCUCGACAUCCUUAUAACGACGGUGAAGGAUACGGGCUCCUUCACCUGCAUUGCUUCCAAUCCGGCUGGGGAGGCCACACAGACAGUGGACCUGCACAUUAUCAAACUCCCCCACUUGCUGAACAGCACGAACCACAUCCACGAGCCCGACCCUGGCUCCUCGGAUAUCUCCACUUCCACCAAGUCAGGCUCCAACGCGAGCAGUAGCAACGGGGAUACUAAAGUCAGCCAAGAUAAGAAGGUGGUUGUUGCGGAAGCAACAUCCUCUACUGCUCUGCUGAAAUUCAAUUUUCAGAGGAAUAUACCUGGGAUACGUAUGUUCCAAAUCCAGUACAACGGUACUUACGAUGACUCCCUUGUUUACAGAAUGAUACCUCCCACAAGCAAAACCUUCCUGGUCAACAACCUGGCCGCUGGGACUGUGUACGACCUGUGCGUCCUGGCCAUCUACGACGAUGGGAUCACCUCGCUCACGGCCACCAGGGUGGUGGGCUGCACGCAGUUCACCACCGAGCAGGAUUACGUGCGCUGCCACUUCAUGCAGUCCCAGUUCCUGGGUGGGACCAUGAUUAUCAUCAUUGGUGGGAUCAUUGUGGCCUCUGUGCUCGUGUUCAUCAUCAUCCUCAUGAUCCGCUACAAGGUGUGUAACAACAACGGGCAGCAGAAGGCCACCAAGGUCAGCAACGUGUACUCGCAGACGAACGGGGCUCAGAUCCAGGGCUGCAGCGGGGUGCUGUCGCAGUCGAUGUCCAAGCAGGCUGUCGGGCACGAUGAGGGCAUCCAGUGCUGCAAGGCUGCCAGCGACGGCGUGACGCAGUCGCCGGAGAUGGGCGCCAGCCAGGACUCGGCCACCACUACCUCCGCUUUGCCUCCCGCCUGGACUUCCAGCACUUCUGUCUCCCAGAAGCAGAAGCGAAAGCCGGGGCCAAAGCCAAGCAGCGAGCCGCAGAGUGAAGCAGUCAGCAGUAUCGAGUCCCAAAACACUAACAGAAAUAACUCCACUGCCCUGCAGUUAGCUAGCCGUCCCCCCGACUCUGUCAAAGGGGCCCCCACGUACAAAAGAGCACAAUCAAAGCCAAGUAAGUUCCUCACUUUGCCAGCUGAUGCAUCCCGAGCCAAGCGCAGGCUCUCCCUGGGCGGCGAGCUGAUGGAGUCCCGCUGCCCCGGCAGCGCCCGGGGCGCAGGUGGAUUGCGGUCCAAAAGGAGCAUGUCCAUGAACGGGAUGCUAGUCCAGUCAGACAGCUCCGAUGUGGAUAGUGGAAAAGCAACUUUCUCCAGUUCUGAGUGGAUAUUGGAAAGCACUGUGUGA